GGGGGCUACACCACGCGGUCCCUCAAAAAUUUUAAUUUUCUUUCUCUACAUAUAUAAAUUACUAUAUAUUUGUACAUAUAUAUAUAUAUAUAUAUAUAUAUAUAUAUAUAUAUAUAUAUAUUCUGUUGAACACAUUUUAGAUAUUAGAUAUUAUACUAAACCCACUGCCGUAACACUACGUCUUAUUUACUUACUGUUGGACGUUGUCUGGAAUAUCAUCAGAAUCACGCACGUGCGGUUAUAGUAAAAAUGUCUUGUGACACGAGAGAAGAAAUAACUGCUGAUGAAGAUUGUUUGAGUACAAUGUCUCGAUUGUCUGUAAUUAAUUCAGCACCAUCUAUAAGUGGUGAUAAUGUUGCUAAGUAUGUUAAAAAACCACCAAGUAAAGGUGAGACACGUGGGCAAAAAUUAUCAGGAUUGACACAUGAGUGCGGAGUAUUCGGUUGCAUUGCUGCUGGUGAUUGGCCAUCUCAAGUUGAUGUUGGUCAAGUUAUUUGUCUUGGACUGGUGGCAUUACAACACAGAGGUCAAGAAAGUGCUGGUAUUGUAACAAGUGAAGGAAUCUGCGCUAAAUCAUUUCGUGUUCACAAGGGAAUGGGAAUGAUAAAUAAUAUUUUUAAUGAUGAUAGCAUGAGAAAAUUGAGAGGUAAUCUUGGAAUAGGACAUACGAGAUACAGUACCAGUGCAGCCAGUGAAGAAGUUAAUUGUCAGCCAUUUGUUGUUCAUACGGCACAUGGAGCACUUGCUGUCGCUCAUAAUGGAGAACUUGUCAACACGGAAUCACUUAGAAAAAUGGUACUUGGUAGAGGUGUUGGGUUAUCAACGCACUCAGAUUCCGAAUUGAUAACACAAGCACUGUGUUUAAAUCCUCCAGAAGGUGAAGUCAAUGGUCCUGAUUGGCCAGCACGUAUAAAGCAUCUCAUGCAGCUGGCUCCAUUGUCUUAUUCCUUAGUUAUUAUGCAGCGAGACAAAAUUUAUGGUGUACGAGAUCCUUAUGGUAAUCGUCCACUUUGUCUCGGUAAAAUUGUUCCUGUUGGUAAACUAAUUGGAAAUGAUUCAGACGAUGAUGAAGAUGCCGAAGGCUGGGUAAUAUCAUCAGAAUCAUGUGGUUUUCUUAGCAUUGGCGCACGUUAUGUACGUGAAGUAUUUCCUGGUGAAAUUGUUGAAUUAACUAGAGAAGGAAUAAAGACUAUUGAUAUUGUUGAGAGGCCUGAUAAAAAACCUCAAGCAUUUUGUAUAUUCGAGUACGUUUACUUUGCACGAAGUGACAGUAUUUUUGAAGGUCAAAUGGUGUACUCAGUAAGAAUGCAAUGCGGUAGAGUUCUUGCUAUUGAAUCACCAAUAGAGGCAGAUAUUGUAAGCUCAGUACCUGAGUCGGGUACAGCAGCAGCCCAUGGUUACGCACGUGAAUCCAAAAUUCCAUUUGCUGAAGUACUUUGCAAAAAUAGAUACGUCGGCAGGACAUUUAUUCAACCCAGUACACGAUUAAGACAACUGGGUGUUGCUAAAAAAUUUGGCGCACUGUCAGAAAAUGUCAAAGGAAAGAAACUUAUCCUUAUUGAUGAUUCAAUAGUACGAGGAAAUACUAUUGGGCCAAUUAUAAAACUUCUUCGUGAUGCUGGAGCUAAAGAAGUACACGUAAGAAUCGCUUCUCCACCAUUGAAAUAUCCAUGUUACAUGGGGAUAAAUAUACCAACGCGUGAAGAAUUGAUAGCGAAUAAACUUGAUAAUAUUAAAUUAGCCAAACAUGUUGGCGCUGAUUCACUUGUAUAUUUGUCUGUUAAUGGACUUGUUGCCGCUGUAAGACACGGAAUGGAUAAUCGUCAAAGCAGUUAUAUCGGUCACUGCACUGCUUGUUUAACUGGUGAAUAUCCAGAUGAAUUACCUGGUGAUCUUGUUUGGUGAAAAAUAACAAACAAAAAAAAACUAUUGAAAUACCUCAAGCCCAAUUAAUAUUUAAAUGUUAGUAAAUAGACAAAAUAUUUUACGAAUAAGUAACAUUCCAAGUUAACUUACAGUGCAGAUUGCCCGUGUAAGAAAAAUUCGUUUCAAAUAUGACCCUGACAGUGAACUUGUAAAAUUGAGACAAUUCCGAACUUUGAAAAGUGUGAAAAGUUUUCAACUAGUGUGGACGCGGGAUGUUUUUUUUUUUUUAGUUUUUUAAGAGGAUUUGUCAUCUAUUCUCUUUCUCACACAUGUGAACAAACGAAACGGUCUUUCUUGCACUUACAUUAGCAAAUGGAAAUUUUAAAUGAGUCGUUUUUAGAGACAAACUGCAAUUUUCGAACGAGAAGCAUUUCAUUUGAUAAGUAAUAACUACGCGUCGAUUGAAAUAUUUUAUUUAAUGAUUUGUGUCUUUAUCUAGGAAAACGGUUCAUUUGAAAAUCAUAUAUUUCACUCUCAAGCAAAAUUGAUUUUAAUUGAUAAUUUUCUGAGUUUAUAAUAGUUCGUUAUUAAUUCCAACUCAAGUAACACGCAUACAACUUUAAGAGGUCUUUUAAAAGAAUAAGACAUUUUUUUUUGUUUCAAAGUCACGUUUUUUAGUAUAAAUAAGACAUGCGAAUGUUAAUCCUAGGAGACAUAGAAAAUUUGUGUUGUUUUUCUUGUCUUAAGAAAGCCAUGUCAGUUAAAAAAUUGUUUAGAUUAUUUUUUUUUACUACAGUAGGACCUCGUUAUAAGACUAUUAGUUUCUCUCUCAAACUAUCGCGAUACCUGUUUUAUAAAAAAGACAGAAUGAUAGUCUUAUAACGAGGUCCGACUACUAUUUGUAAUUUAUUUUUUAUCGUCACUUGUGUCUUUUAAGUAGAUAUUUUUUCGGUGACAUAAAUUUCUGAUCGUUUUGUCAACAUAUUGGUGCCUUAUCGAUAAGUCAAAAAACAGCCUAAAAAUUGACAUCUUGUAGAUGUCACAAAGACAUGUGUGUUACUUGGGAAUCACUCAUUUUUAUGGAUUAUUUUUGAACGUCAAAAAAUUAAAAAAAAAUGGCCUUCCCAAAAAGUUCUAAUAAAAGUCAAAAAAUGUUCAUGAAUAUUUUUUUUUUUUUUCCUCAUACCUGAAUAAUUCUAGUAAAAGUCGGGAAUCUUCUAAUUCUUUUUUCUUUUAAUGUUCUUCAGCCCAAAAAAUUGUCAAUUCAAAUUACUUUUGCUCAAAAAAUUAAAAAAAAAACGUGCAGGAAAAUUCUACGUUAGUUGAAAGUUGUUCACGUUCCAAAUUUUUCAGUUUCAGAAAUGUUCAACUUAAAGUUCAGAAUUGUCUCAAUUUGGGAAGUUCACUGACAUAAAAUUUUUUGGAACGACUUUUUUUUACAUGGGUGAAUUUAAAUUGUAAAAAAAAAAUGAAGCUUAUACUAAUUAGAAAAUG